AUGGAGGUCCAGGACGGAGCAGAGCUCUGUUUUCCUCAACUCCUCAACACCUCCUGCAGGAAGCCGACAUCUCACCAGCUUGACUUUGUAUUUCUGCAUGUUGUGAUGUCGUCCAUAUCUGUGCUCAUUAUUGUUCUCAACCUGCUCGUCAUCAUCUCAGUCUCCUACUUCAGGCAACUCCACACACCCACUAACAUCCUCCUGCUCUCUCUUGCUGUCUCUGACUUUCUUGUGGGCUUCGUGUUGCUGCCAGGUGAAAUUUACGUACAAACCCACUGCUGGUUUCAUGGGGACAUGAUGUGUUGUGUUUAUCAUUAUUUAGGUUACAUUGUUUUCAGUACUUCAGUAGGAAACAUGGUGCUUAUAUCAAUUGACCGUUAUGUUGCUAUUUGUCAUCCUCUGCAUUAUCCCACCAGAGUCACUGUGACAAAAGCCAAACUGUGUGUUCUUUUGUGUUGGUUCUGUUCUAUUUUCUAUAUUAGUGUUGUUUUCAAGGAUUUCUUGGCUCAGCCAGGCAUAAAUAAUUCCUGUGAUGGACAAUGUAUAGUUGUUAUCAGCUAUAGUGCAAUCGUAAGUGGCCUCAUUGUAACCUUUAUUGCGCCAGUUACGGCCAUUAUACUUCAAUAUAUGAGAAUAUUUGUGGUGGCUGUGUCUCAGGCUCGUGCCAUGCGCUCUCACACUGCAGCUGUCACACAUCAACAUUCAGUGACACGAAGUAAAAGGAAAUCUGAGUUGAAAGCAGCCAGGACUCUGGGUGUUCUCAUAUUUGUGUUUCUGAUAUGUUUCUGCCCAUAUUACUGUGUCUCCAUUGUAGGGGCCAGCCCUUCUGCUGUAAAGUUUGUGAUUUCAAUGUAUUAUUCAAAUUCCUGUCUAAACCCUCUGAUCUAUGCCCUGUUUUAUCCCUGGUUUAGAAAGGCUGUGAAACAUAUUGUCACUCUGCAGAUACUGCAGCCUGGCUCCUCUGAGGUCAGCAUGUUGAAGUAAAACUGUGGAGUGACUGAAGUAACAGCAGCUAUACAAAGUUCAUUAAUCAGUGAAAUGAAUAAUUCUAUAAUCUGGAAAAAACAAAAAUUACACUGUACACAUCGCACAAAAAUGACAACAUACAAGGAACGUAAAAGGAAUGAAACAUUUCCACAAA